AUGGCCCUGGUCCUGUGGGUCUUUUCCCUGCUGGGCUCAGCCUACCCAGUGGUGGCCAACAUCUUUGAGUACCAGGUGGAUGCCCAGCCACUCCGUCCUUGUGAGCUGCAGAGGGAGAGGGCCUUUCUAAAGCAGGCUGACUAUGUGUCACAGUGCUCCGAAGAUGGCAGCUUCCAGACUGUCCAGUGCCAAAACGAUGGCCGCUUCUGCUGGUGUGUGGACGUCAAUGGCAGGGAAGUACCUGGCAGCAGGCAGCAGGGGAGACCAAUGGUUUGUCUGUCUUUCUGCCAGCUGCACAAGCAACAGAUCCUGCUGAGUGGCUAUAUCAACAGCACGGACACCACCUAUCUCCCCCAAUGCCAAGAUUCGGGGGAUUAUGCACCUGUGCAGUGUGACCUGUGGCAGGUGCAGUGCUGGUGUGUAGACGCAGAAGGAAUGGAGGUGUAUGGCACCCGCCAGCUAGGGAGGCCAACGCAAUGUCCAAGGAGCUGUGAGAUAAGAAACCGUCGUCUCCUCCAUGGAGUGGGAGACAAGUCACCCCCCCAGUGCUCUGCAGAUGGAGAGUUUAUGCCAGUUCAGUGCAAGUUUGUCAACACUACAGACAUGAUGAUUUUUGAUCUGAUCCACAGCUAUAACAGGUUUCCAGAGGCAUUUGUGACCUUCAGUUCGUUUAGGAGCAGGUUCCCUGAAGUGUCUGGGUACUGUUACUGUGCUGACAGCCAGGGGCGGGAGCUGGCUGAGACAGGCUUGGAGUUGCUACUGGAUGAAAUUUACGACACCAUUUUUGCUGGCCUGGACCAGGCUUCCACCUUCACUGACAGCACCAUGUACCGGAUAUUGCAGAGACGCUUCCUAGCAGUUCAAUUGGUCAUCUCUGGCAGAUUCCGAUGUCCUACAAAGUGUGAAGUGGAGCAGUUUGCUGCCACAAGCUUUGGUCACCCCUACAUUCCGAGUUGCCACAGAAAUGGGGACUACCAGGCAGUUCAGUGCCAGAAGGAAGUGUGCUGGUGUGUGGAUGCCCAGGGAGCAGAGAUCCCUGGCACUCGGCGGCAAGGCCAGCCUCCAUCUUGUGCUGAAGACCAGUCAUGUGCUUCAGAAAGGCAGCAGGCUUUGUCCAGGCUCUACUUUGGUACCUCAGGCUACCUCAGCCAGCAGGACCUGUUCUCUUCUGAGGAAAGGCAGGUCUUUGGGAGUACAGACACAUCCUGCCCACCCAUGAUCAAGCAGCUCUUUGUUGACUCUGGGCUUCUGCGCUCGAUGGCCAUAGAGCAAUACCAAGAGUUUUCUGCAUCAGAAAGCCUACUCAAAGAAGCCAUCAGGGCGGUUUUCCCUUCCCGAGAACUAGCUCAGCUUGCUCUCCAGUUUACCACCAACCCCAAGCGACUCCAGCAAAACCUUUUUGGAGGGACAUUUUUGGUGAAUGUUGCCCAGUUUAACUUGUCUGGAGCCCUUGGCACAAGAGGCACAUUUAACUUCAGUCAGUUUUUUCAGCAGCUUGGUCUCCCAGGCUUCCAGAAUGGAGAUGCACCGACAACCUCAGCCAAGCUUCUCUCUGUGGGAUUGGACUCAAACUCUACCCCGGAAACUCUCCAUGCCUCUGAGAAGACUGUUGCUAUGAAUCACUCAGUUAUGGGCAUCUUUGGCUUCAAAGUCAACAUACAAGAGAACCAAAAUGCCUUAAAAUUCCUAGCUUCUCUCCUGGAGCUUCCAGAAUUUCUUGUCUUCUUGCAGCGUGCUGUUUCUGUGCCUGAGGAUGUAGCGAGGGACUUAGGAGACGUGCUGGAAAUGGUGCUCAGCUCCCAGGCCUGUGGACAGACCCCUGGGAGGCUGUUUGUCCCAUCAUGCACCUCUGGGGGAAGCUAUGAAGAGAUCCAGUGCUUUGCUGGAGAGUGUUGGUGUGUGGAUUCCAAGGGCAAAGAACUUCCUGGCUCAAGAGUCAGAGGUGGACGCCCCAGGUGCCCCACAGAGUGUGAGAAGCAAAGAGCCCUUAUGCGGAGACUCGCAGGCAGCCAGCCAGCUGGCUCCAGCUUUUUUGUCCCCACUUGUACUAGUGAGGGAUAUUUCCUCCCUAUCCAGUGCUUCAACUCCGAAUGCUACUGUGUUGAUGCUGAGGGUCAGGCUAUUCCUGGAACUCAGAGUACACUUGGCAAGCCCAAGCAGUGUCCCAGUCCCUGCCAGUUACAGGCAGAGCAAGCUUUCCUCAGAACAGUGCAGAGCCUGCUCUCUAACUCCAGCACCCCACCUGCCCUCUCCAACAUCUACAUCCCACAGUGCAGUGCCAGUGGGCAGUGGAGACGAGUGCAAUGUGAUGGGCCCCCUGAGCAGGCCUUCGAGUGGUAUGAUCGAUGGAACACUCAAAACAGUGACGGCCAGGAGGUGACCCCUGCCAAACUGCUGAUGAGGAUCCUAAGCUACAGAGAAGCAGCAUCCAGAAACUUCAGUCUCUUUCUUCAAAGUUUCUAUGAGGCUGACCAGGAAGGCAUCUUCCCAGAGCUGACACAGUACCCUUCUCUUCAAGAUGUCCCACAGGCAUUACUGGAAGGGGCCCUGAUUCAGCCUAGAGAGAACAUUCUCCUGGAGCCCUACCUCUUUUGGCAGAUCCUAAGUGGUGAGGUCAGCCGGUACCCAGGGUCAUACUCAGACUUUAACGUGCCUUUGGCACACUUCGACCUCCGGAGCUGCUGGUGUGUGGAUGAGGCUGGUCAGGAACUGAACGGAACUCGGGCUGAGUCAGGCAAGAUCCCAACAUGUCCUGGCUCCUGUGAGGAAGUGAAAUUUCGUGUCCUGCAGUUCAUUAAGGAAACAGAAGAGAUUGUCUUAGCUUCCAACAGUUCUUCCUUUCCCCUGGGAGAGAGUUUCCUAGCGGCCAAGGGAAUCCAGCUGACCAAUGAUGAGCUCAGCCUUCCUCCUCUCUACCCAUCCCGGGAGGCUUUCUCUGAGAAGUUUCUGCGUGGGGGCGAAUAUGCCAUUCUUUUGGCUGCACGGUCCACCUUGAACUUCUAUAGGGGUCGCCGUGCUUCCCUGGGAGAGUCAGCUGGAGCAGUCAGCCCUCUGCAGCUGGACCCCUAUGUACCACAGUGUGAUGCUCUGGGGAGCUGGAUGCCUUUGCAGUGCCACACUGGGACAGGUUACUGCUGGUGUGUGGAUGAGAGAGGCGAGCUGAUUCCAGCCUCGCUGACUGCCCGCUCCUCCCAGAGGCCCCAGUGCCCCACAAGCUGUGAGCGAUCCCGAGUCAAUGGGCUGCUUUCUGCUUGGAAACAGACUGGAUCCCAAGGAAACCCAGCCCCGGGAGUCCUGUUCACUCCUGCCUGCCUGGAGACAGGAGAGUACAUCAGGCUGCAGGCAUCAGGGAUGAGUACCUGGUGUGUGGACCCAGCCUCAGGAGAAGCGACCCCACCAGACACAAACAGCAGUGCUCAGUGCCCAGGCCUCUGCGAUGUCCUCAGGAGCGGAGCCCUGUCUAGGAGAGUCGGCCCUGGCUAUCUACCAGCCUGUGAGGCACACGAUGGGGGCUUCUCCCCAGUGCAGUGUGACCUGGCCCAGGGAAGCUGCUGGUGUACCCUGGACAGUGGAGAAGAGGUUCCUGGGACACGCAUAGUGGGCAGCAAGCCUGUCUGUGAGAGCCCACAGUGUCCACUGCCGUUCUCUGCACCUGAUGUAGCUGGUGGAGUGGUCCUCUGUGAGACAACCUCAGGCCCAGGAGGGGCUGUGGUCCAGCAAUGCCAGCUGCUCUGCCGCCAGGGCCACCAGAGCGUAUUCCCAUCAGGUCCAUUGAUGUGUAGCCUGGAGAGUCAGCGCUGGGUAUCGCCACCACCAUCCCCCCAAGCCUGCCAGCGGCCCCAGCUGUGGCAGACCGUGCAGACCCGAGUGCACUUUCAGCUACUGCUCCCACCAGGCAAGAUGUGUAGUGCUGACUACGCUGGCUUGCUGCAGGCUUUCCAGGUCCUCAUACAGGAUGAGUUGACAGCCCGUGGCUUCUGCCAGAUCCAGGUGAAGACGUUUGGAACCCUGGUUUCCAGUCCUGUCUGUGACGACUCCUCAGUACAGGUGGGGUGUCUGACUUCGGAGCGUUUAGGAGUGAAUGUCACGUGGAAAUUACGGCUUGAGGACAUCUCGGUGGCCUCGCUUCCAGAUUUGCAGAGCAUUGAAAGGAUCUUAUUGGGUCAGGAUCUCCUUGGACGCUUUACAGAUCUCAUCCAAAGAGGCAAGUUCCAACUUGAUCUGGACUCCAAGACAUUCUCAGCAGACACCUUCCUCUACUUCCUCCAUGGGGACCACUUUGGCAUCUCUCCCAGGAUCCGGUUGGGAUGCUUGGAAGGAUUCUACCGAGUCUCAACCCCCAGUGAAGAUAAUCAGGAUCCUCUGGGCUGUGUAAAGUGUCCUGAAGGAAGCUACUCUCAGGAUGAGCGAUGCGUUCCCUGUCCUGCUGGCUUCUACCAAGAACGGGCAGGCAGCUCGGCCUGUGUGCCUUGUCCCAGGGGCAGGACGACUGUCUCCACCGGAGCUUUCAGCUGGACUCACUGUGUCACUGACUGUCAGAGGAAUGAGGCCGGCCUACAGUGUGACCAGGAUGGCCAGUACCGAGCCAGCCAGAAGGACAGGGACAGUGGGGAGGCCUUCUGUAUGGACAGUGAGGGGCAGAGGUUGCAGUGGUCACAGUCAGAGACCCCACUCUCGGAUUCUCAGUGUCUGAUGAUGCGGAAAUUUGAGAAGCUUCCAGAAGCGAAGGUGCUCUUCAACACAGAUGCUCCUGCCAUAGUCAGGUCCAGAGUCCCUGACCUUGACUCCCCACUGGUGCAGUGCUUGGCAGAUUGUGCAGAUGACGAGGCCUGCAGCUUCCUCGCGGUGUCCACAAUGGGGUUGGAGGUCUCAUGUGAUUUUUAUUCUUGGACAAGUGACAACUUUGCCUGCGUGACUUCUGGUCAGGAACAAGAUACUCUGGGAAGCUCAAAGGCAACCAUCUUUGGAAGCCUUAUGUGUCAGGUGAAAGUGAGGAGUGGCAACUCAGAGUCUCUGGCUGUAUAUGUGAAGAAGGUGCAACAGUGGUACUGCUUGGAUCUGGGUGUUAGAGGCUGGGAUGAGGUGGCCCCGUUUUUGGCAGGGCCCACCAUCUGUGGAUUGCUCAGCUCCCCUGACAUUCUGCUUUGCCACAUCAAUGACUGGCGGGACACCUCUAACAUCCAGGACAAUGCUACAUGUUCUGGGAUAAUGUAUGACCAGGAGAGUGGCCAGAUGGCCUUGAAUCUGGGAGGCCAGAAGUUCCUGAAAGGUCUGGCUCCUCUGGAGAGCGCUAAGGACACUGUUACCAGCUUCCAGCAGGUUUACCUCUGGAAAGAUUCUGACAUGAGGUCUCGUCCUGAGUCGAUGGGAUGUGGAAGAGACCUGGUUCUGAGGCCAGCCUUUCCAGUAGAAGCAGAUGCGACAACAGAACUUUUCUCCCCUGUGGACCUUACCCGGGUCAUUGUCAAUGCAAGCCACUCGUUGCCCAGCCAGCAGUACUGGCUCUUCACACACCUGUUUUCAGCACAGCAGGCAAACCUGUGGUGCCUCUCUCGGUGUAUCGAGGAGCCUGCUUUCUGUCAGAUCGCAGACAUAACAGAGACCACACCCUUGCACUUCACCUGCUUCCUCUACCCAGAAGCCCAGGUCUGUGACAAUGUCAUGGAGUCUAGUGCCAAAGGCUGCAACCUGAUCCUGCCCCACCAACCAAAGGCCCUCUUCCAGAAGAAAGUGGUACUGAAUGAGCGAGUGAAGAACUUUUAUACCCGCCUUCCAUUCCAAAAGCUGUCAGGGAUUUCCAUCAGAGACAAAAUCCCCAUGUCUGGAAAACCCAUUUCCAAUGGGUUCUUUGAGUGUGAGCGACUAUGUGACAGGGACCCAUGCUGUACUGGCUUCGGCUUCCUAAAUGUCUCCCAGUUGCAAGGAGGAGAGGUGACCUGCCUGACUCUGAACAGCAUGGGAAUUCAAACAUGCAGCACGGAGAGUGGAGCAACUUGGCGCAUUUUGGACUGUGACUCUGAGGACACUGAAGUCUACACUCAUCCCUUUGGAUGGUAUCAGAAACCUGAUGCUCGAAAUGACAUCCCCAGCUUCUGCCCUUUGACUGCUCUGCCUUCCUUCACCGAGAAGGGAAACCGAAAGCUCAGACUGGACUCAGUGGCCCCUCAGCUGAGAAGCCAUAUGACAUUAAUUCCUGGCCUGUGA